UCCCUUUAAAUGUAAAUAUCUGAACACACGCCUAUUUUCACAUUAAAUUAAAACAUGGAAAACUUAUCUCACCCUGAUAUCAUCCUCUGUGAUGUAGCCAGUCUGCGCCACCCACCACGGCUCCACAGAGAUUUCCACUGGUUUGGACGGUAGCAGGUCCCGCGCUGACUUCCUGCGGAAGAAUUUCUGACAGAGGAGACAAACGAAGGAAGAAGAGAAUGGCCUGCAGACCACGGGAAGUCUUCUCUUUGAAAGACUCAGAGCUUCCCACCCACCUACUUGCCCAGCUCAACAUCCUCCGGCAGGAGCGUAUCCUGACCGACGUCCUGCUCUGCACGGAGCACCAGGAGAUUCCCUGUCACAGGAACGUCCUUGUGUCCAGCAGCCCAUACUUCCGCGCCAUGUUCUGCAGCAACUUUCUGGAGAGCAGUCAGGCCCGAGUGAAUCUGAAGGGAAUCUCUUCAAAUGUCCUCAGUGGCAUCGUGGAGUAUGUCUACACAGGCUGCAUCACAAUCACCAUGGAGAUUGUGCUCCCCCUCAUGCAGGCAGCGUCAAUGCUUCACUAUGGAGGUCUCUUUGAGGCAUGUUCCAUGUUCCUGCAGGAGCAGCUGAGUCCAGAAAACUGUCUGAGCAUGAUACGACUCUCUGAGAUCCUUCACUGUGAGAGUUUGAGGGAGAGAGCAAAGGAGAUGGCUGUGAGGUGUUUCUCUGAUGUAGCUGCUACAGAGGACUUCUGUGAGUUGUCUCUCCCUGAGCUCAUGUGUUACCUAGAAGACGACCGACUUUGUGCUGAGGAGGAGCAAGUCUUUGAGACCCUUCUGGCAUGGAUCCACCACGACCCGUUCUCACGACGCGGUGCAAUCCAUGAUCUCUUCAAGAAAGUCCGUCUACGCUACAUCCAUCCAACUUACCUCUUCCAGUUUAUUGCCAAUGACCCACUGGUGCAGUCCUCCACCCUCUGUACUGAGAUAAUCGAGUCAGUCCGCCGCCUCAUGCUUACAGUCAGCACCAAGUGUAGCCGAGAGCUCAAGCCGCUUUGGACCACACCACGGCGUUACACCUGCAGAGAAACACUGGUGGUGGUCGGAGGGCGCAAAAACAAUGAACAGACCUCACGAGAGGCUCUACUCUAUGAUGAAAGGACUCAUCGUUGGCAGUGGUUGGCCAAGCUCCCUCUGCGCCUCUAUAAAGCUGCGUAUGUGUGUAUUCAUAGCAUCCUCUAUGUGCUUGGCGGACUCAGCCUCUGCAUGACAUCAGGUGACAGCUCAGUUAGCGCCACAGUUUACACACUCUCCCUAAAGACCAACCAGUGGCGGACUGCUGAGCCCAUGUUGGAGCCACGAUAUGCCCACCAAAGUGUGUCCUAUCUGCACUUUAUUUUCGUGUUAGGAGGUAUUGGGGUAGACAAGAGAAUUUCUCAGUCAGUAGAGAGAUAUAACAGUAUGUUUAAUCAAUGGGAGGCCAUGGCACCAAUGCCCACAGCAGUGCUGCAUCCAGCUGUCGCCGCCAGCGAUCAGAGGAUCUACGUUUUUGGAGGGGAGGAUGCCAUGCAGAAUCCAGUCCGGCUGAUUCAGGUGUAUCACAUCUCUCGCAACUUGUGGACGAGGUUGGAGACAAGGACGGUGAAAAACGUUUGUGCUCCUGCUGCUGUCAUUGAAGACAAGAUCUACAUUAUAGGAGGAUACACCAGGCGAUUGAUCGCCUAUGACACCAAAGUCAACAAAUUCGUCAAGUGUGAGAACCUAAAGGAGCGACGGAUGCAUCACAGCGCCACAGUGAUCAACAAUAAACUCUAUGUCACCGGUGGACGCAUCCUCAACGGCCACGAUGUCAUCGAGGACUCAGACUGCUUCGAGUGUUACGACCCGAAGACAGAUGUUUGGACGUCGAAAGGUUCUUUGCCGUACAAAUUAUUUGACCACGGCUCCCUUCCUUUAGUGUGCGUUUCCAACAGACCCAACCCACCAUGACCCACCAACCAACCAGCCACUUGGGUAAAUGCUUUGCUAUGUGCUCAUCACCUCCCCUUCGCCAUGAUUUAUUGACUCUAACUACAAAAUUGGGAAACCAUUUCAAAAUGACUGCAUUCCUUCACGUUGUUCAGUCUGUGCCACAACUUAACGGCAUGUUAGGCCAGGCUGACUUUCAUCUGAAUCAAAGGAGGAGCUGACGUGCAGAGGUGUCAUUUCUUAGGCACCUCGGGUGGAACUGAACUGAGAACCCAAGAGAUGACGAGAGGCAGACACUUACACAACAAGAACAAGCAGGUGUUCAGACACAUAUGUAAUCCAAAAAGCUCUUUCCACAGAUGGCUGCACUCAGUUGAUGGUAACUAAAAGUGUUAAUGCUUUAAUUUUCCAGUCAUUUAUACACAGCAUAUCACUGCCUGGCAGCUGCAGUUGCCUUCCCUGUAACAAUUAAAUACAUAAGGAAUUACAUGUCUGGCUGCUUGUUAACUCUAUGAGGUCUGCUUGUCUUGAACAACUCAAAAUGACUGCUAAAGCUAAGCUACUAAAAGCUAAUAAAUUUGCACUUUAUAGAAAAUACA